AUGUAUUCAUUAGCUAGAAGAUCUAUAUUGAGUGUCGGCAGAAAUCAAUCUAUGAAGAUGAUUCCAUAUGGAGCUGUCCGUUCGAUUUCCUCGAAGGAUUUGACGCCAAAGCCAUUGGCCACAGACUUUCCAUUAAUGUCACAAAAGACAGCUUCGGCUCCUGUUGAUUACGCUUUGACUUCGUUGGAUGCCAUCGCUAACUGGGCUAGAAAAUCGUCGUUUUGGCCCGUCACUUUCGGUUUGGCUUGUUGCGCCGUCGAAAUGAUGCAUGUUUCCACUCCAAGAUACGAUCAAGAUAGAUUGGGGAUUAUUUUCAGAGCAUCCCCUCGUCAAUCCGAUAUCAUGAUUGUCGCCGGUACCGUCACCAACAAGAUGGCUCCAGCGUUGAGACAAGUUUACGAUCAAAUGGCUGACCCAAGAUGGGUCAUUUCUAUGGGCUCGUGUGCCAACGGUGGUGGAUACUACCAUUAUUCGUACUCGGUUGUCAGAGGCUGUGACAGACUUAUCCCUGUCGAUGUCUACGUUCCUGGAUGUCCACCAACUGCCGAAGCCUUGAUGUACGGUGUUUUCCAAUUACAAAAGAAAAUGAUGAAGACUAGAAUCACCAGAUUAUGGUACAGAAGUUAA